AUGGUGCUCUGGAUGUCGUCUGGGUCGCAGCACACAGCAGCAGUGGCUCCAUGCUCAGUGCAGCAGCUAGAUUUAUGGCAGCCCGCCGAAUGCGGCACGUCGAGCACGGAAGACCAUAUUUCCGACGAGGAGGUCGUGGAAAUGGCGUCGCUGCUUCUCCAGUGCGAAUCCGACUUCAUGGGAUCUCUUAACGUGCCUCGUUCUAACAAGGACAUCAAAUUCGACUCUGCUGGAGCACCGCCUCUUCCAUCCCAGGAAUUCACGAGGAGCCCUCAUCGCGGAAACAAGCGGCAGCGAGAGGAGUCGGCGUCAACUGGACGGAAUCUGCUCGAGGAUCACGAUAUUCGGCGGAUUCUGAUCCAGCCGUGCAACGUGAAGAUAGAGGACCUACUAGGCCCAGAGAGCAGCUCGCUUGAAAGCAUUCAGGAGACGAUUGAGUUUCAGAUGGACGUCGCCGCGUUUAACGAUGAAGCUGUUGUUGGGGAUGCGGCGGCUGCGGCGCCUGCGGUGAGGGCGAAGAGCGAGGGCGAGGUGGAUACACGCGACGGCGAGGUUGACGAGGGUUUCAACGGGUACAUUCCAACGGCUGCUGCUGACAGGUGCGGCCCGCAGUCGUCGCCGCCGUCGCCGGCGUCGUCGCCGUCUUCGUCGCCGUCGUCGUCGUCCCGCCUGCUGGUCCUGCCCCAGCUGACCCCACAGCCAGCACUGCUCCAUAUACCCCCGCUCGCGUGUUCCGCCACGUGGCAAAGCGCCAGAAGCGCCGGAGCGUUCAUCGAGCCUGAUGUGAAACGGUUCAAAGGCCAAGCUGGUGAUUUCUACCCUCCCCGUCACCAAGUGUCCUGCGUGCCGACCUAUGCCGCGCUGAGCCACGCGCCUACCUGCGCGCCGAGCUGCGCGCCGAGCACUCCAGGCUGCCAGCCAAUCUCCGCGCCGAGCAGCGGCCAGGCAUCCGCGAUGCGCGUCGAGCCGAGCAGACGGGAGCACGCGACGCCGGCGCCCAAAACUAGAGAUUUGGCGGAGACGGAGUCUCUCACGGUUGAGCUUAUAUCGGAGCAUCGCGCCGCGAUGACGAUGGAGCCUGGUGAAGUGUACCAUACUAACCCCGGGCCGGAGGAAGCUUCGUCGAUUGCUGCUGGCGGCGGUUGGAGCUCGGGAUUGGAUUUCACCAGCCGCCAGCAGCAGCCGCCGCAGUUGGCGCCGCGGCGUGAGGCGGCGCCGGACGAAGGCGGCAAUUUGUGCGGCUGUACUACCGGCUGCGACAGCCCGCCGCCGCCGCCGCCGCCGCCGCCGCCGCCGCCGCCGCCGUCGCGUCGCUGUUUGACGAAGCCGCGGCGAUCGUCUACGUCGUCGGCGUCUCACGCGGCCACGCGCGGCGCAAGUAGAAGGCCGGACAUGGCGGCCGCUCGCGGCGCCGCGAUCCGAGGGGCGGCGGCUUCCGCUGACUCCGCUACUGUGCCGCGCACGACCUACUCGGCGCUAAGAUUCGGCGAGCCGGGGUACCCGGCGGAGUAUCGCGGCGCGUUUCGCGAUAAUGUGACUUCGCUGGCUGCUGACGUCAUGCAACGCGAACCCGAGGGUAUCGAGGGCCAUCCGACGUGGAGCCUUCUUCUCACCGUCACUCGCGCCGAAGCGUAUUCUCAGCCGCCGUUCACGCCUUUCGAGGCGCUUUCGCAUCCACCUCCGGCGGUUUCCGCGGAUCCGCUUUCCCCCUCCGCGCGCAGCCCGCCGCCUCCCGUCACCCCGCGCGCCCAAGCCCUUGGGGAUGUUAGCUCCGCGCCAGAAACCAGCGCGGGGAAUUCCGGGGCGGGCGCGCUGUGCGCGACCGCGACACAAGCGGAGCAAGCGGCGCUACUGGGGGGCGCGCAUGCGGCGCAGCAGCAGGCGCAGCUUCAGGGGGCGGCGCAUCCGGCGCAGCAGGUGCUGCUGCCGCUGCUGCUGGUGGCGGAAGCGACUGAAGGGUCCGCCAAUCCGCACUGCGACUACUGCCGCAGCUCAGGAUGGUGCCAUCACCCCAUCGCGGCGCACAAGUAUCAUUUCAUCAUUCCAGUGAAGAACCCCCACUCACACCCACGCGCCGAGUCGCAGGUGCUUGCAACCACAGCCAGUAACAUCAGUCCACGUGGCACGCGCAGCAGCGCGAGCACCAGCAACCCCCACCCCUCGUCCCACCACGGCCAGCACCAGCACCACCACACGAGCAUCACGGCUGCGGCGUGCCGCUCCCAGUCGCUCGCCGCCCCCACGCACCUCCUGCACGGCGUUAUCCACUCCAACGGCUUUGGCCACCUCGUGACGCUCAACGGCCGGGCCGCAGGCUCGCACGUGCUGUCUGGGCGGCAGCUCAUGCAGCUGUGGGACAAUAUCUGCACCAUGCUGCGCGCCAGGGUGGUGAGUGUGGAGGACCUAUCUCACAAGCUCUCUUUCUCCUCCGAUUACCGUCUCCUCCACACCCUCGCCUUCUCGCACUCCUGGUUCGCCCGCUGGGGCUACUCCUUCGCCCACGGCGCCUUUGGCAUCACACAGCAGCGCUACAGCCGGGCUGUGGCGCGUGUGGCCGGCACACGCCUGCUCCCGCUGCUGCAGCACCUGAAGGGCAUCAACACGGGGAUUGCUUCCCGCGUGGCGGCGGUGGUUGCUAAGUACCAGUCGCAUGUGGUUGGGAAGGGCCAGUCUGAGGUUGAAUCCCAGCCUCACGUAUCACAGGAGGUUGGGAAGGGCUCACAGGAGGUUCACCUACAACAUCCACAUGCGUCACAUGCGCCACACGGCCCACAUGCUGCUCCACCCAACCUCACCCUGCAGCACCUCUUCUCAUCUCUCCUCGCCCUGCGCUCCUCCCUCCCCCUUCCUCUGCACCACCAGCACCACCACUUCCCCCACCUCCUCCACCCCUCCUCUCUCCCACUCCCCUUCACUCCCACUACCCCUGCUCCUCCCGCUGCUCCUCCCACUGCUCCCUCUACUCCUGCUGCAGCAGCAGUAGCGCCGCUCGCUGCUGUCCCCUCUCUUGCCUCCUCCCGCUCUCCCCUCCUCUCCUUCUCCGCUCGUCGCCUCCUCGCCCCCCCUCCGCCCCUCACCCUCCCCCCACUCUUCCCGUCGCUGCAGCCAAUGGCAGCCCGCCAGCUGUCCGGCGAGCCGAGCCCCAGCUCCGCGUCCUGCUUGUCCGAUGAGCUGUCGCCACGUCAGCAGCAGCAGCGCCUGCUGCGUCAGCAGCAGCAGCAGGCCCUGCCGUCCCCGGCUCCACCAAUAAGCUUCCAACAAAUGGACGUCCCUCCAUCUCCCAGCGUCGCUACCCCCUCUACAAUCACACCCGGUACUAUCACUCCCAGUGCAGUCACUCCCAGGAGCAAGCGAACGCUUCUGUUCCUAGACAGCUCCAUCAGCAGCGCUUUAGCCGCAGCACCAGGAGCAGCAACACCAACAGCACCACCACCAGCAUCAACAGCUGCAGCAACAGCGGCAGCAGCAGGGGAGUAUCCAAGGCGGCUUGUGUGUAACGAGCCAAUCAUAAUCAGCCCGCUGCCUGCCGACUCCCCCUCGUGCCGCUGGUCCUCCAAACGCCUCCACCUGGCGCAGCAAGUCAUCGUGGACGUCCUCUCCCUCCGCCCCGGCGCCUGGCUGCCUCGGCACGAGGUUCGGGAGGCGGCUCGGCAGAGGAUCGGCGACACGGGGUUGCUGGAUUUUGUGCUGAAAUCGCUGGGGAAUAGGCUGGUGGGGGAUGUGGUGGUGCGGAGGGCGAUUAACCCGCUUAGUAAAGUGCUGGAGUUUAGCUUAGAGCCGCUGCAGCGGGAGGGUGGGGAGAGAGGUGGGGGAGGGAGAGGAGAGGGGAGGGAGGGGGUGGAGAGGGAGGGGGUGGUUCGAGAGCAGGGGAGAGGAGGACUGGAGGGGCAGCAGGGAGAGGUGCCGAUGGGGAUGGUAUCGCCUCUUACUCUGGGCGGAGCUUUCUUUAAGGACUACAAGGGCGAGCUUACCAGGGAGCAAGCAGCACGAGCUGCUGCGGCGGCAGCAGGUGGAGAUGUGGGAGAGGAAGGAGAGUGGAGAGGUGAUGGCGAUGGCGCAGCAGCAGCAGCAGCAGCAGCGAGUGAAGAAGAGGAUGGGGCGAUUCGAGUUCUCUGCAGCAUCGAUGCACGGGAUGCAGACACGAAUCGCAACUGGCCCAUACCGCCGUCCGAGCUCAUAAUCCUGCCGCCCGAAGCAACCGUUGCGGAUCUCAAGGCUGCUGCCUGCCAAGCCUUCGCCCAGACCUACCCUGUGGUUCGGCACAUGCAGGUCACAGCUCUGCCUGAGGAUCUGGCAGACCUGGAUGAGGACGAUGUGCUGUUUGGCUCGCUUGACUCGGGCGCCUCUCUCAUGCUCGCCGUAUCCAGCCUUGACGCACACAGCGAGUGGCGCUACCAGGGCGGCAACGACACGUGGGCCGUGCGCUGCGUGUGCGGCGCGCGGGACGACGACGGCGAGCGUAUGAUCGCGUGCGACGAGUGUGGCGUGUGGCAGCACACGCGCUGCACUGGGAUCGGCGACGCUGCGCCUGCUCCCAUGAGCUUCCUGUGCUUGGGGUGCAGGGCGGGGGAGAAGGAUCAUUGCCGGGAGGAGCAGGAGAGAUGUCCGGAUAGCAGGAGGGUGCAGCAGGGAGAAGCAGAAGAGAAGAAUGAUGUGUGGAUGAGGAUUGGGGUGUUGAUGGGAAUAAAGAGGAUUGGGCCCUGGGCGAAUGGUGCUGAUGGCAGGGCUGUGUGUAUCAAGAGAAGGCAAGGCAGCAUUGAUCCCAGGCGUCCCAGCAUUUCAAAGAGAUCCCAAGGUGAUCCCAAGGCGAUCCCAAGGAGAUUCCAAGGCAAUCCCAAGGCGAUCUAG